AUCUAUCGUUUAUCAUAUUGUAUUGAGGAGUCAUGACCGACAGCGACUCAGAUGCCAAUUUCGAUAUAGUUAAUCCAUACAUUUUCUACAAAGAUAGGGAUGAAUGGAAAGACGUUCAACCAAUUCCUCAAAAUGACGGUCCUCACGCCAUUGUCAAAAUAGCUUAUUCGGAGAAAUUUUCCGAUAUCUUUGACUAUUUUCGAGCUGUUUAUCAAAAAGAAGAAUUUAGUGACAGAGCUCUUAGCCUCACCAAGGAUGCUAUCAAACAAAAUCCGGCGAACUACACAGUCUGGCAAUACAGACGCAAGAUUCUGAAAGCAAUGAAUAAAGAUCUAAGGGACGAAUUAAAAUAUUUAAAUGAUGUUAUACUGGAUAAUCCAAAAAACUAUCAAGUGUGGUUCCAUAGACAGGCAGUCGUGGAAUGGCUUAAUGAUCCAAGCGAAGAAAAAGAUUUUAUUGAUGCAGCUUUAAGAGAAGAUUCUAAAAAUUAUCACGCCUGGCAAUACCGCCAUUGGCUUAAUAAGAAAUUUUCUCUAUGGGAUGGUGAACUUAAAUUUACGGAGAAUAUGAUUAGAAAUGACGUUAGAAACAAUUCUGCAUGGAAUCAUCGCUAUUACGUUAUUAAUAGUACAACCGGGUUUAAUCCUGUUGUUUUAGAUAGGGAAGAAAAGUUAACCAUGUCAUUUAUUGAAAAAGCACCAUCGAAUGAAAGUCCUUGGAGUUAUCUAAGAGGACUACACUUAGUUGAACCUAUUCAUAAAAGACCUGGUCUAAAGAACUUUUGUACAAGAUUGGCGAAAGAAAAUACCAAUAUGCAUAUAUUGUCCUUUAUGGUAGAUAUUAAUUCCAGUUCUCUUGAGGAAACAUUCGAUACAACUAUCUACGACGAAACGUUAAGGCUGCUUGAUGAACUAGCCAGCUUGGACACCAUCAGAAGAAAAUAUUGGAAAUUUAUUAAGGACAGUUUAAUUAAGAAAUUCGAAGAUGGAACUAUCAAUUAG